UGUGCGUGCGUGUGCGUGUGUGUAGAGUCUGGGAGUUGUCAGAGCAGGCAAAGAGUGGGGAGCACGCACAAUGUGAGUGAGGAGUUGAGAGAAAGAGACAUAGAAGGAAAGAGAGGAGGAGAGUUGAGUGAGAGUGUGUGAGUGGGAGAGAGAGAGAGCGAGAGAGAGAGAGACCUCGGCGGAGAGCAGGAGAGAGAGAGGGGAGGAGAGCUCCGUCUCUCCCGGUGCACUUGGCAGUCUAGUUGCGGGCUGCUGUGCUGUUGCUGUCGUGGCGUGGCUGGUCUCGCCAGGCGGGGAACUUCACCACACUGGAGCCCGGAGUCCCACUCUCUCACCUGCGCAGUUCGGAGCUGCCAUGGGUCUCUUGCCUGGAUUUACUGUCCUAAUUAUUCUACCGGCCUUUCUGCUGCACACCAGCGGCCUUUACAUCGCCAGUAGCGUUGACUCCCUGCAGCAUGUCCUGGGGGAGUAUGGACUGGUGAGGCCGAUCAGUGUGGACGCAGAGGGCCGCUUCCUGUCACAUGCCGUCUCAGCUGGCCGAAUGGCAGGAGGGCAGUCCCGUAGGCGCCGGAAGAGGGAGGUAGGAGUAGGCAAUGAUGAGUGGGAAGGACCAAAAGGAGAGCCUGUGGCCUUUCGGGAAAGGCUUUACUACAACGUCACCAUCUUCGGCCGGGAGUUCCACCUGCGCUUGCGCCACAAUGCCAGGCUGGUGGCCCCCGGAGCCAAGAUGGAGUGGCAUGAUGACAACGACAGCGCCCGGUACUCUGAGCCACUGCACGAUGAAUGCUUGUACGUGGGGGACAUCACAGACACACCAGGAGCCACUGUGGCUAUCAGCAACUGUGACGGCCUGGCUGGUAUGAUCAGGAUGGAGCAAGAGGAGUUUUUUAUCGAGCCGGUGGAGCGGGGCGACGGAGUGAUAGAAGAAGAAGAGGAGGAGGGAGGAGGAAGGACACACGUUGUCUAUCGCUCCUCAGCCGUAAAGAAAGCGCCCAUCAGCAGCAUGGCGGCAGACUACCACUCCAGAGGUGCUGAUCUAGGUGGUCUCAUGGACCUGGAGUCUCUGUACCGCGGCGUGGAGCAGAGUAUCAACCACACGCGGGCCGGGCGAAUGCGCAGACAGAGCCUGGAAAGGGCCUACAACAUCGAGGUGCUGCUGGGCGUCGACGACUCGGUGGUCCAGUUUCACGGGAAGGAGCAUGUCCAAAAGUACCUGCUCACACUCAUGAACAUUGUGAAUGAGAUCUACCAUGACCAGUCUUUGGGAGCAAAGAUCAAUGUGGUUCUGGUGCGGAUUAUCAUGCUGUGCAACGGCAAGUCCAUGAGUCUGAUUGAACUGGGAAACCCAUCUCAGAGUCUGGAGAACGUGUGUCGCUGGGCCUUCCUGCAGCAGAAGCAAGACACAGGGGACGCCGAGUAUCAUGAUCACGCCAUCUUCCUCACACGACAGGAAUUUGGCCCCACGGGCAUGCAGGGUUACGCCCCAGUGACGGGCAUGUGCCAUCCGGUAAGGAGCUGCACUUUGAAUCAUGAGGAUGGUUUCUCUUCUGCCUUUGUGGUGGCACACGAGACCGGACAUGUGCUGGGGAUGGAGCACGAUGGCCAGGGGAACCGCUGUGGCGAUGAGGUGCACAUGGGCAGCAUCAUGGCUCCACUGGUGCAAGCUGCCUUCCACCGCUUUCACUGGUCCAGAUGUAGCAUGCAAGAGCUGGGACGCUACCUAAGUUCCUAUGACUGUCUCCGUGACGACCCCUUUGACCACAACUGGCCAUCCCUGCCUCAGCUUCCCGGUUUGCACUACUCCAUGAACGAACAGUGUCGCUUUGACUUCGGCGUGGGCUACACGAUGUGCACCGCGCUACAAAAGGCGGGCCAGUCAGGAACGCAGUAUCGCACAUUUGACCCAUGUAAGCAGCUGUGGUGUAGCCACCCAGACAAUCCCUUCUUCUGCAAGACCAAGAAAGGACCGCCCAUUGAUGGCACCAUGUGCGGGAACGGGAAGCAUUGCUUUAAAGGUCACUGCAUCUGGUUGACACCUGACAUUAUAAAGCAAGAUGGAAACUGGGGUUCGUGGAGUGAGUUUGGUCAGUGCUCCCGCACCUGUGGUGGAGGAGUACAGUUUCGCACACGUGAAUGUGACAAUCCUAGACCAGCCAACGGGGGCCGUACCUGCAUGGGGGCGACUAACCAGUUCCAGAUGUGCAACACCAAUGAAUGCGAGGAUAUUUACAGUGACACGCGAGAGGAGCAAUGCCACGCUUGGGACCCUCGCUUUGAUAUCCACAGCAAACAGCAACAAUGGCUGCCUUAUGAACACACAGAACCUAACAAACGCUGCCACCUGCAUUGCCAAUCCAAGGAGACACGUGAUGUGGUCUUUAUGCAGAGAAUGGUCCUGGACGGCACACGCUGCUCAUACAAGGACCCGCACAGUGUGUGUGUGCGAGGGGAGUGUGAGAAAGUGGGCUGUGACGGCGUGGUCGGCUCCUCAAAGCAGGAGGAUAAGUGUGGAGUGUGUGGAGGAGACAACUCCAGCUGCAAAACCUUCAAAGACACCAUCACACGCACUGCCAAGAAACAAGGUUUCCUUAAAGUUCUUGAAAUCCCCAGAGGAGCGAGACACUUACUGAUCCAAGAACUGAAAGCGACCUCACACACUUUAGCUGUAAAGAACGUGGCAUCAGGACUGUUCUUCUUGAACGGGGAAAACGAUUACCCAGAAUCCCACUCGGUCAUAGAAAAGGGCGUAGAGUGGGAAUAUGAGAAUGACAACGGCAAAGAGACACUUCAGACCACUGGUCCUCUCAGACAUGGAAUUCUGAUCAUGAUGAAAUUAUAUGGAGAUGAGGAUGUGAAUUUGUCUUAUAAGUACAUGAUGAACAUGGACAGUGACUCUGCCAUUCAGAACAACAUGCUGGUAGAGGACAGUGCCUAUGAAUGGGCUCCAAAGAGAUGGUCCUACUGCACUAAGCCUUGCGGCGGAGGGAAGCAGUACCUGCGAUAUGGCUGCAGAAGAAAAGUUGACAGUAAGAUGGUCCACAAGAGCUCUUGUAACAAAUCCAACAUGAAACCUAGAGGAGACACCAGAGACUGCAACCAGAAGCCCUGCCCUCCACCCAUUUGGGUGACAGGGGAGUGGCAGAACUGCAGCAAACCAUGUGGAAAGACGGGGAUGCAAAUCCGCUCGGUCAGCUGUAUCCAGCCAUCAGAUGACAACACCACACGUUCCAUCCACAAUAAACACUGCAACGACGACCGGCCCGAGACUCGCAGACCCUGCAACCGACACCCCUGCCCCACCCAGUGGAGAGUCGGGCCGUGGUCACAGUGCUCAGUGACAUGUGGUAAUGGGACCCAGCAGAGACAGGCUCUGUGCCACACCAGAGACAACACCAUCGGCCUGUGUCUGGACAGUAAGCCCGACACCAUCAGAGUCUGUCGCAUGGAUCCAUGUCCCAAGGGCUCAUCAGACCUCAACAAGAACGGCAACAUCCUGAUCCAGUGGCUGUCGCGCCCCAACCCCAACUUCCCGAAGAUCUCCUCACGCAAGCGUUGUCAUGGAGACCGCUCUGUGUUCUGUCGUAUGGAGGUGCUGAAGCGCUACUGCUCUCUACCGGAGUACCAACGCAUGUGCUGCAAGUCCUGCUCCACAUCCACCCCCAUCACUUCCAUCCUGCCCAGUGUUACAGCUCCUCCACCCACCAGCACCCUCAGCUCUGGCUUCACCUCCAUCCAACCCACCACAGCUGUCAUCACCACCAUUGCAGCUUCUACCAUCAGUCUCUGGACCACCACUACACCUACCACUGCUGUUCCUCAUUCCACCCCUUCCCCACUAAGUGAUACACAAAUGAUCACUACUCAUCCUCCAGCUGCUACCACCGCUACCUUUUCCAUGGCAACAACCUCAGUUAUUACAACUUCUCCCAGUGUUACUGCUCAUCCCUUACCUCUGCCUGUCCCAGACAUAGACGAGUACACAGAUCCACAGUUACAGACCACUAUAAAUAGUCCAACAACAUCUGGUAUGAUAACUACUACACACCUUCCAGCAACAACCAGUCCAACUAUGACAAAUCCAACAGAAAGCAGUACAAAAACAGACGCCCCAGUAAAAUCCAAGCCCAAAAAGAUUCUGCCAAAGAAAAAACCCAAAAAGGUGAUUCCACCAAAGAUCAAUCCGAAAAAGAAUACUGCACUAAAAAAUACUACAAGAAAAGAUCUUUCACCAAAUAUCAAUUCAAAAAAGAAAACAAAUACUGCUCCAAAAAAGAAUACACCAGAAAAAACAACUCCCAAAAAGACAACUACACCAAACACUACUCCCAAAAAGACUACUACACCAAACACUACUCCCAAAAAGACUAAUUCCAAAAAGAUUAAUCCUCAAAGCACUAUUCCACCAAACACUACUCCCAAAAAGACAACAACAGCAAAGACUACCCCCAAAAAGACUACUCCAGCAAAGACUACUCCAACAAACACUACUCCCAAAAAGACUACUCCAGCAAAGACUACUCCAGCAAACACUACUCCCAAAAAGACUACUCCAGCAAAGACUACUCCAGCAAACACUACUCCCAAAAAGACUACUCCAGCAAACACUACUCCCAGAAAGACUCCCCCUAAAAAGACCACUCUCAAUAAGACUCCUCCGGUGAAGACUACUCCUGAGAAAAAACCCAUACCCACACCCAAAAAGGAGGCUCCACCAAAGGCCAAUCCCAAAAAGAACAUUCAGCCAAAGACAAAAGUUACGAAGCAAAUGCAAACAAAGACAAAUCUCCAAAAGAACCCAAAACCAGGUCUCAAAAAUGCCACACACUCUCCAGUCAAGGUUAAUCAGAAUAAGGCCAAGAUAAAAAAGACUAAUCCAAAAAAGAAAAAAUUUCAAACAGUGUCUCCAUAUUAUACCACAGCUCCUACUCCACAUACAAGUCCAGAACAACUAAGAGAGUACCUUUCCUCCACUAUCUCAUCUAGCACUAGUGUAUAUGCGACAGGUGCAGGCAUGCCUUUGCCUGAGUCCAGAAUCAAUGUUACGUACAUCAAUAACAGCACAGCAACUACAGAUGAAACUCCACUGUGGUAUCAUGAUGCUUCAGCCACCAGACCCAGCACUUUUGGUGAUGUCAUAACGCCGACUGGAACCACUCAUUUUGAAGAAGUCAACAUGCCUAGUGGAACCAUGCCAUAUAGUGAUGUCACAAUGACAAGCAGCGGUGAUGUCACAGUAACAGGCAGGACCAUUCUCAGUGGUGAGGACAUCACAAUGUCCUACAACAAUGUGGGAAUGGAUAGUGACACCAUAGUGCUAGACGACAGCUUCACCAUGGUGAUCCCGACCAUCAACAGUGAGCAUAUGACGGACCUUGCGUCCUCACCCUGGCUGGACAUGUCUGAGUACAUCCCUGUGAGCAUCCCUGUUCCCACGACAACCUCAGACCUUGCUACAGACUCACCUUCCACCACUUUCACUCUGACAACCGAAAAAACAACCAUCUCAACCAUCACCAGACCUCAGCAAAGACCAGAGGAGAACAGUGAGAACAACUCCAUCGACGUCAUAUACAACAGGAUCAUCGGCGUAGAUAACGACAUCUCCCAGAACAAUCUGAUCCCAAAGCGCCGGGUCAACCUCCGAGAGAGAACCAAGAACAAACGCAUUCAGGAGCUUCUGGAGGAGAAGAGGAACUUUCUCCUCAGAAUGAAGAGAGGCCACGCAUUAUGAAAGACCAAGCCUUCUCAUUUCUCUUAUAGAGAUGAACAUUUUCUUGACAGACUUUUGUAAACCCUGUUUAAAUCCCUCUGAACUGCCAUGAUGCUUUAUAUCAGGCCUUUCCACAAAAAAACUGUCAUUUUACUAUCAUGACAAUCAGGACUGUUGCAGAGAGAGAAUAUUGUUGACAAAUGUUUAAACAGUUGCUUUGAAUAAAGAAAAGCCCUUUAGAGUACAGAUUGUGGCAGAUUUGAAGCAAAUCACAUUGCCUGUGUCAACACAAUAAUGAAAAACAGAAGGGAUAAAAAAAUGUUCAUCCAGUUUGCCAGUUUGGCCAGCACUUUACAAAUCCAAGCUUUUAUCUCCCCCAAACCACCUAUAGUCGUGUUUGAGGAUUCAUCGAUGAUUGGUAGAUAAGGUCUAACAUUGUUUGUAAAAUGGUAUUAUCCCUACUGACACUAAUGGAGCAACAAAAUCUACCACCUAGAAUCCAAAUCUCCAUCUUCAUAUUAUAUUACAGGACUUCAGCUCAUUUCCCUACAGAUUUAUCUCUGUCCCCAAUAACAGCUACUGUAGGAAAAAAUGAAGAUGUCUCCUUGUUAAGUGGCCAGCACUCUAUACACAGUGCAAAUUGGAGCUUUAGGAGGCCUGAAAGCAAUAUGGCAACGCUAUACAAUCAGAAAGUCAAAGUUUCCUUUUGGUAUGAUUGAAUUGUGUAAAGGUUACCCUGCUUGGAUUGUGUUGCCUUUUCCAAAACAAACAUCUGUCUGACUACAUGGGGUCUCUCAUCUCUCAGAAUUUAAGAUAUGGCAUGUCAAGGGACAUUGCCAAACAUGUUGUGCUUCCCGAAUUUUGAUGAUACAUUUUGAUAUCUCAUUAAGUUAGGUGAAAAAACAAAAUAAGUGAAGACAAAAACUAUACUGAUUGCAUUUUUGUUUUAACAAGUAUGGUGCUUUUUUUGCCAGUGUUGCUAAAAGGGAUGUCCCUCAUGCAUUUAUUUAUGUACCGUACAAAAAAUAUUAUAUUAAAAUAAACAAGCCUGUUUGUAUUAACUGUAUCCAAAUAGAAGCUUUAAGGGCCAGUUUGUUAUUAUUGUACAUCUUGCAGCAGCUGCAAAAGCAUCUAUGGAUCUUUCUGUACGAUAUCUGUACAUAUGGAAAAGAACUUAAUGAAUAUUUAUUAAAGUUUAAGUGCCUGUGGUAUUUUGCAA